CACUAAAAAGCCAUUUGAAGCGCACAUUUGUAAAAAUAGUACAGGAAAAAUGAAGGUUCAAUUUUUAAUAGUAUUUUUUCUUGCAGCUGUUAGAUGUCAGGCGACAGAAUCUGUCCUCGAUUUGUUUCCAGAAUUCAAACAAGCAAUUGGUGGCCUUCAAACGAGAAUUGAUGGCCUUGUUAGAGAGAACAAAGUAUUGAAAGCAGAGGUUGAUAGACUUGGUAAAGCUGGAUCGGGAAAUACAUACACCAGAUGGGGUAAAACAUCAUGCCCAUCAACUGCAGCUCUUGUGUAUGAAGGAUAUGCAGCAGGCAAUGCUAAAAACGAAAAAGGAGGUGGAGCUAAUUUCUUGUGCCUUCCGAAAGACCCGAGUGGCGUAGGUAUUCGGAUAGUAAAGCAACUUGGAUCCACUAAAAAGAGUGCAUCUGUUAAAACAGUACAUAAAAGAAUGAAGGUUCAAUUUUUAAUAGUAUUUUUUCUUAACGCUGUUCGAUGCCAGGCGACAGAAUCUGUUCUCGAUUUGUUUCCAGAAUUCAAACGAGAAAUUGGGAGAAUUGAUGGCCUUCAAACGAGAAUUGAUGGCCUGGAAAGAGAAAACAAAGCAUUGAAAGCAAGAGAUUUAUCAAGACAAGUAGCUUUCACGGCAUAUAUUUCAUCCAGUAUAAAUGGAAACAAUUUUGGGAAAGGUCGAACAAUGAUAUAUGAUAAAAUCGUUACAAAUAAAGGCGAUGUUUACAACAAGAACACCGGUAAAUUCACGGCAAAUUCAGAUGGUACGUAUGCCUUUACCUGGACAAUUAACGCUGGAUGGAGUCCAUCCCACGGUGAAGUUACCAUUGAACUUAUGAAAAAUACAGCUCAACAAGGAGUGCAGAACGUUGACACCGAAAGGGAUUAUGAUAAUGCGAGCUCCACCGCUUUCACGGUUAUAACACUUUCUGCUGGAGAUGUUGUAUUUACCAGAUCCAGUCCUUAUGAAGCUCCUGAGGGAAAUUUAAGAAGUGAUAAGUUCGGUAGAUGGACCUUUUCGGGAUGGAAAUUAUUUUAAAAGAAAAUUAAAAUUCUAAAUUAGUUUUUGAAUAUA